AUGAAUGAUAUAAUUUCACGUAUUGAAAUAUUUCCAAAUGAAUUAUUAAUAGAAAUAUUCGAAUAUAUUUCUUCAUAUGAUUUAUAUAAUACUUUUUUUAAUUUAAAUUCUCGUUUUAAUUCAUUAAUUGAUUCUCUAUCAAAUCUUUGUUUUAUACUUGAAGAAGAUUGGGAUCAUAAAGAACGUAUUAUUCCUCACUUUGCUUCACAUAUAACAAGUUUAAUUAUUAAACAUGAUGAAUUAAUUGAUUUUUCUUAUUAUUCAAAUAUUCGUUCAUUAAAAUUAUCUAGGCCAAUAGUGGAACAAUGUAAUGCUAUUCAACCACAUGUUCUACCUAAUCUUGAACAUUUAUAUAUAUCAAAUUUCUCCUUUUCGAACAAUACCGAACAAUUAUGUCGUUUUAUUUUUUCUCCUCUAUUUCCUCGUUUACGAACAUGUCAUAUCGAUCGAAUGAUAUUAAAUGAUCACCAUCCUUAUUGUUCAUUAUCACUUCAACAAUUAACUAUUUCACCUUGUACAUGGGAAUCAAAUAUGUGUAAACAAAUAUUGCAAGCAUGUCCAAAUUUAAUUUAUUUACGAAUAAUACGUUUGGAAAAUAUAUCAUUUAAAUUAUUUGUAAAUUUUAUUUGUUCACAUACAUCUCUUCGACAUAUUUACAUGCAUUUCUAUUCCAUAGAAGAUGAAUGGUAUCAGCAUAUUGAUUGGUUAUUAUCAAAUGUACCAAACUUAGAGAAUUUUACACUUCUUAUUGAUAAAAAUGAAACAAAAGAGAAAUUUUCAUUUGAUCGGUUAUCUCAUUUAUUAAUUCAACGUGUACCGUAUUUAAUUAAUUUUAAAGCAAAAAUACCAUUAAAUGAUUUCUUAUCAAAAGAUUUGAAUAUAAUCAAACAAUUACAUCCAUUAUUUAUUUACAUACAAAUCCGACAAUAUGAAAAUCAAGAUUUCAAUAAUUAUUUAAUUAUCUCAUCUGAAAGAUAA